GGCCACAUGUUCAGUUCGGGCACCUAAUGUAUACAUCCGCGUAGUAAAAUAAUUCUAUAAAGAAAGAGGAAUAAUCUUACCAUGCGUCGUUUUCUGUCAAUUUUCAAAAAGUAUUUUAUUUCGAUUAUCAAUCAAAGUGUUGUAAAUGAUAGUUACAAUAUAUUCUAAGUUGAAUCCAAACACAUUUCAAAACGUGGAUCGAUAUAUUAAUAUUCAAAUGAGGUGUAAGUAGGUUUUAAUACUACACUUCAUUUCUAAUAAUACAUUUGCGAGAGAAGAAGCCAUUCGAAAUCGCGCCUGAAAUGUACACAUUUGAAGCGGACAAACCCCUUCCAGAUACGCCGCCGCCAGAAUAUGACAGCAUCGCGGAAGAGGUUCCGAAGCAACCGACACCGUCUGACAUUGUUCAUGCUGCCGGUUUCCUGAAAAAAUCACUUGAUGGGGCUUCUGUAGACUACUGCGCAGUGGCAAUAAGAGACACUGAAGAAAGUCUGAAUGAGUCGAAUGAGGUUGACCCAUGGGCCUUGCCUGAACUUACGGAUUCCAGCGAAAAAUGGAAUGAUUUGACAAGGGGCCAGAAGGUAAAGAGGGUUAUUGUAGGAUGGAUUGGGAAACCAAUAGGUCUACUAGCCCUUCUCUACCUCUUCAUAUGUUCUCUGGAUCUACUGAGCUCUGGGUUUCAACUUGUAGGAGGAAAGGCAUCAGGUGAGGCAUUCACAAACAGUGAUGUGAUACAGAACCCUAUUGCUGGACUGAUGAUCGGCAUCAUAGCAACUGUCAUGGUGCAGAGUUCCAGCACAUCAACAUCUAUCGUUGUCACCAUGGUAGCCUCUGGAAUUCUUGACGUGCGACCAGCCAUCCCUAUCAUAAUGGGGGCCAACAUUGGCACAUCUGUAACCAACACGGUUGUCAGUCUGGCACAUUCUGGCAACAAGGAUGAGUUCCGCAGGGCUUUUGGAGGUGCAACUGUGCAUGACAUGUUCAACUGGUUAUCUGUGCUGAUCCUACUUCCAUUGGAAGUUCUCACAGGUUAUCUGUACAGGCUGACAACAGCUAUCAUUGACAGCUGUAACCUAAAGGACACUUCAAUGGAGAAGAAAGAGUUCCUGAAGGUCCUCACCAAACCUUUCACCAGCACAAUCAUCCAGGUUGACAAAAAGGUAAUACAGAAGAUUGCCCUUGGAGAAACAGACUACGCCAAGAAAAGCCUGAUUAAGAAAUGGUGUGUCUACAAGGAAGUCCAAAAGGCAUUUAACUUGACAACAAAGCAGAAUGUUACCAUAGUUUCUGCUGAGGGUGUACAGAGAACUGUCCUUAGCAAUGUUACAGAGGAAUUCAACAUGACACUUAAAGUUGGAACUGGAAAGUGUUCCUUUAUGUUCUACGACACUGGUCUCAGUGAUAUGGUGAUUGGUUUCCUGCUACUAGCCGUGGCCCUGUUCCUCCUCUGCACAUGCCUUGUGCUACUGGUCAAACUACUUCAUUCCAUUCUCAAUGGCAAUAUUGCCAAGAUCAUCAAAAAAACAAUCAAUGCAGAUUUCCCAGGAAAACUGAAGUUCCUGACAGGGUAUGUCGCUAUAAUAGUGGGUGCUGGGAUGACGAUGCUAGUCCAGAGUAGCUCUGUGUUCACCUCAGCCAUGACCCCAUUGGUAGGAAUAGGAGUGAUCUCAUUGGAGCGAAUGUACCCAUUGACCCUCGGAUCCAACAUUGGCACAACGAUGACGAGUAUGCUAGCAGCAUUCGCCUCAUCAGGGGACAAAGUAGCGAGUGCUUUCCAGAUCAGUCUCGUUCAUUUGUUUUUCAACAUAUCAGGAAUCCUCUUGUUCUUCCCAGUUCCAGUUAUGAGAAAGGCCCCGAUAAAACUUGCGAAGGUGAUGGGCAACACAACCGCCAGAUUCAGGUGGUUUGCAAUAUUUUACGUCAUUGUGAUGUUUUUCAUCACCCCUGGGGCCAUAUUUGGACUAUCGAUGGCUGGCCUCCUACCCCUUUCCAUUGUUCUUGGUACAGUAUUCUUUGUUGUUGCAGUUGUGCUAUUUGUGAAUCUCAUUCAGGACAAAAAGCCUAAAUGGCUCCCAACUAAGUUCAGGAAUUGGGAAUGGCUUCCACUAUGGAUGCAUUCCUUAGAGCCAAUGGACAAUGUGAUCAAGGCUAUCGCUGCCUUGUUCAAACGGUGCUGCCCUUGUUGCUGUAAACGAACACAGCCUCUAGAAAGUAGGCCCAGCAGCAGGCGAAGUAGUAUCUCAGAUGCUCGUCUGGUUUUUGCCCUACUAGAGACUCCGCCAAGUAGUCAGAGUAGCUCCACAGAGAGCAGCAGAGACAAUUCUCCUUGUGCCUCUAACAUGAGCUCAAGAUCAACAUCUAUGCUCCUACCUCGUACAGUUUUAUGACCCUGAUGAUAAACUACUAGUAUUCAAUUUGGUGUACAUAUUUGUAUAUUUAUAUGUAAAUACUGUUUUUUAUAAAUAUUUGUACAGUGUAUACUUAGCUUCUAAGUACAAAAGAGUUAUUUAUCAUGCCAUAUUGCCAAUUCAUCUUACAACAUUCUGUAUUCUUAAUAGCCAAAGAUAAUUUAUAGUUUCACAUGGAAAUUACCUAGAUUUUUUUUUUUAAGUAUUCAGUAUUGGUACACAAUAUAGAAAGUGAAUCAUUUAUCUAGAUGUUUCUACCCAUUGCAGUAGUGAGUAUACCAUCACCAAUUAAAGUCUACCUUAAUUUCUUAUAUUUAUGAUGCAUAUAUCGCAGUUCAAGUUUAUUAUUAAUAAUUUUUGUGUCGGCACAUUAUAAAUAUGGAUUUUAAUUUUUGAUGCAUUGACAUCUUUUCAUGAGUUUUUGUUUUAUUGUUAUAAUUGAAAUUGACAUAAUGUAUGAUAGCACCAUGUUGAUUUGUUGGUGACCAUGUUUUUCAUUAUCCUAGUGCA